AAACAACAAGCAUUGAUAUAAUUAAUAAUAAUAAAAUGAUAAAAGGGGUGAGCAGAAGGCGUAUUAAUCUGUUUUAAAGUUAAGAAUGGUUUAUGAUUAGUGCAGAUUGGAGCAGAGUUUGUGGGGACGUUCAUAUUGAUAUUUGCAGCAACGGCUGGACCCAUAGUGAACAACAAGUACGAGGGAGUGGUGACGCUGAUGGGAAACGCAGCGUGUGCAGGGCUAACAGUGAUGUUCAUCAUUCUCUCCAUUGGCCACAUCUCAGGCGCACACCUGAACCCAUCCCUCACCAUUGCCUUCGCCACCUUUCGCCACUUCCCAUGGACGCAGGUCCCCGCGUACAUAGCUGCCCAAGUCUCUGCCUCCAUCUGCGCCUGCUAUGCUCUCAAAGGCGUCUACCACCCCUUCCUCUCCGGUGGGGUCACUGUCCCCACCGUCAGCGUCGCCCAAGCCUUCGCCACUGAGUUUAUCAUCACUUUCAUUCUCUUGUUUGUGGUCACUGCUGUUGCUACCGACACUCGCGCGGUCGGUGAAUUGGCUGGGAUCGCUGUGGGGGCCACUGUUUUACUCAACAUUCUCAUAUCAGGGCCCACAAGUGGUGGGUCGAUGAAUCCGGUGCGGACGCUGGGGCCCGCGAUUGCAGCAGGAAAUUACAAGCAUAUAUGGAUCUAUUUGGUGGCUCCGACGCUGGGUGCUCUGGCCGGUGCAGGUGUUUACACGCUGCUGUGGAUUGUAGUUUAUCUAGACAUAGAUUUCAAAAGGGAGAGGGGUAACCUUGUUAUAGAUGAGAGCUAG